AGAGUUGCAGACACAACACAGAGGUGUUGGAGAGACGGAGAGCAAAACCUCCUUAAAACCCCCCUCUCUCUCUAUCUUCCUUAUGUAGCCAGUUCUCUCAAACCCAUCAGACAAUGCAAAUCUCUCUCCCCUUUUCAACCUCCAAAGUCCCAUAUCUUUCCCCACUCCCCAACCCCACUCCACAGACCCCUCUCACCAUCCCAAAACCACAUCCCAAAUCCUACAUAACAGCCCAUUCCAGUCGCCCAAAGGGGUCUGGGUAUUUGUCCCUAAUCGGCCGAGCAAUUGAAGAAGAAGAAGAGUAUAGAAAAGCGCGGGCCGAGGUUGCUCGAAAUGGGGUUGACUUAGAAGGCUAUUCAAUUGAGGGCAUUUCCAUUGGCGGGCACGAGACUUGUGUAAUUAUUCCGGAAUUGAAAUCUGCUUUUGAUAUUGGGCGGUGUCCUUCGCGGGCUAUUCAGCAGAACUUUCUAUUCAUUACGCAUGCUCAUCUUGAUCAUAUUGGCGGGCUACCAAUGUAUGUUGCAACUCGUGGUUUGUACAACUUAAAGCCUCCAACAAUUUUUGUGCCUCCUUGUAUUAAAGAGGAUGUGGAGAAGUUAUUUGACAUUCAUAGAGCAUUGAGCCAGGUGGAACUGAAGCUUGAUUUGGUUGCAUUGGAUGUUGGGGAAACAUAUGAAAUGCGGAAUAAUCUUGUUGUAAGGCCGUUUAAGACUCACCAUGUCAUACCCAGCCAGGGUUAUGUUAUAUACUCAGUUAGAAAAAAGCUGAAGAAGCAAUACAUUCAUCUCAAAGGAAAACAGAUUGAGAAAUUGAAGAAUUCUGGUAUUGAGAUUACAGACACUAUAUUGUCUCCAGAGGUGGCCUUCACAGGGGAUACAAGGUCUGAUUUUAUGCUUGAACCACGGAAUGCUGAUGCCUUGAGGGCAAAAGUUCUCAUAACUGAGGCAACUUUCCUGGAUAAUGGGAUCAGCAUUGAUCAUGCACGAGAACAUGGUCACACUCAUUUGUUUGAGAUCAUAGAAAAUGCAGAGUGGAUUCGAAACAAGGCUGUUCUGCUAACUCAUUUCUCCUCCCGCUACCAUAUUGAGGACAUUCGUAAAGCUGUAUCAAAGUUGCAGUCCAAGGUGUCUGCCAGAGUGGUUCCUCUAAUGGAAGGCUUCAAAUCAAUGUAUGCUUAGAUAUGGCUUUCAGUUUUUGUUUUUUACAAUUUUGAACCAAAAUUAGGCUUAUGUAAUCAAUUCACAGGGAUUUGUACCCACUUCACUCUUAACAAAAUGAUUAAAAAGCUCAUCAAGAGGGAAGCUAGUAUCA